AUGGGACAGAAAAGAUUUGAGUUCCUCACUAACUGCAUAAGGUUUGACGAUCGAGAGACCAGAGAUCGAGCAGACAAACUAUCACCAAUAAGACUAAUAUGGGAAAAAUUUUGUUUUAACUCUACAAAAUACUAUACGCCCCAUGAAUACUGCACAAUCGACGAACAGCUGUUAGGAUUCCGAGGGAAUUGUACUUUUCGAAUUUACAUUCCAUCUAAACCAGAUAAGUAUGGUAUAAAAAUAAUAACGAUGUGCGAUUCACGCACUUAUUACAUGGUCUCGGCAAUUCCCUAUAUUGGAAAAGAAAUAAGAAUUUCGAAUGAUCCUAUACCACUCCAAAUUGUUAAAAAAAUAACCGAGAGUAUCCAUGGGGCUGGUAGAAACCUAACAAUGGAUAAUUGGUUUACAUCAAUACAAUUGAUUGAAGAAAUGCUUUCUAGACAUAAACUCACUGUUGUAGAAACGCUACGCAAAAACAAGGCUGAGAUUCCACCAUUAUUUUUGCCUAAUAGGAAAAAAGAAAUCCUUUCAUCCCAGUUUGCGUUCAAGGAUAAAAUGACUUUGGUGGCGUUUACUCCAAAAAAAGGAAAAGGAGUGGUGCUUAUCUCUUCAUUACAUAAGGGAAAGACAGUUGAUCCACAAUCGAAAAAACCGGAAAUUAUAAAUUUCUAUAACAGCACUAAAGGAGGUGUUCAUACUUUUGAUCAACUUGUGCACACUUAUAGUUUAGCACGAAAAAACACGGAGAUGGCCGCUCAGAUAUUUUUUUGGCAUGCUUGA